UGAUGGGGACUCUACCACGGCCCUUGGGAGCUUGUUCCAGAGAUCAGUUGUUAUCACUGUAAAACCUUUCUUACAUCAAGGUGAAACCUCCCCUGGUACAGCUUGUAUCCGUUGCCCCUCAUCCUCUCCCCACGGCUCCUUGUGAAAGGAGAUCUUCUGUCUUCUUUGUGGCUACCUGUUAAGUUACUGGGAUGCCCCCCUGAGCCUUCUGUUCCCCAGCUCAAAAGGGCCUAAAACUUCUUCAGUCUUUUCCUCUUGCAGCAGCUUCUCCAGCCUCUUGAAAACCUUUGUGGCACUCCUUUGGACUCUUGUGUGUGUGUGUGUGUGUGUGUGUGUGUGUGUGUGUGUGUGUGUAAGUUUUUGCAUUGCUUUAUCCAGUGCAUGCUUUAUGAGAAGUACAGACCCAGAGACAGGGAACAGGACCUCAGACCCUUUAUUGCCUGAGAAGUCUCUUAAUUAAUAAACCGUCCUUGGUUGGCUUUGGAUAAACCACACUGUAUGUAGCAUUGACUUGAUUAAGUGCUGUUGUAGCUAGGCCAGCUGCUUUUUCUCUGUUAAAUAACAGCAAUUCUGUGCACUGGUCUUGUAAAAUGUAGCCAAUGUUACCUCCUUACAAUAUCAGCUCCUUAGCUAGUGUUACAUCUUUCACUGCACGCUGAAAGCAAGGGAGUUGAACAAAUUAUUUAAAUAUGCUUUUAAACACAUUCUUAAUGUGACUAGCAAACACCUGUCCUAUCUUUUGACCAAAAUGUAAAUAACAGUUCACCUCUUCGGAUGUAAACAAAACUCAAGUAGUUCUCAUUAAAGCCUGUGACUUUUAUGCAUGAAGCAAUGUACCACCAUGAGGCAUUAGAAGGAAUAAACAUCUCAUAAUACACAAUGUCUAAAAAAAAUGAUGUUAUUUUAUUGGUGACGUAUCAAUAAUGAAGCCUUGUGGACCUACAUCUCCCAGGCUCGGUGUCCAACCUACGUGGAGCUAUUAAUAUAUUUGGUAGGAUUGUGUGCAUUUGAGAAGCAGCAUCUACGCACUGGCCAUGCAAUACAGAACUGACCAAUGCAAUGUUUUACAAACGAUUGAAUUAGUGAACAACUAACUUCUAUAAAACUGGAAACAGUACUUAUUAUAUUAGUUAAGAUAAUCAUUUUAAUUUGUAAUUAAAAUGUGUUAUAAAAUCAGAAUUAUAUACAGUAUCUCUGCACUUUUGUACCGUCUUUCAUGGUUUUUAUGCUUUUUUUUCCCCCAGUUGUCAGGGCUUUGAUUGUGUAUGGAUGUUUAAUGAGUAAUAAGUUGUUUUUUAGUUAUAAAUGAUUGAACAACAGCAUUUUUUUUAAGUCAGAACUUAAAGGUGAUCAAUCUGGCUUUCUUUAAGAGUGAUUGCAAGGGCGGAGAAUUGGCUUGGUCUUGUAUCACCAGCGAGGUCUUUUCUCUUUGCAUUGUGGUUUUUGUAAGGGUUGUAAACAUAAGACAGAAAAAAAAAAUACUCUGAGGCCAACAAAUCAGUAAUUGUUAGGUAUAAAUAGGAGGAGGUUAGGCUUAUGUUGUGUUCAUACAUUUUUUUCAACCUAUGUGCUCUUAAUCCUGAAGGCUUUUGUGCAUAUUUCAAGUAGGCACAAUUUUGACACACAGAUGAUGUUUUUAGCUCUAUUUGCAACAGCAGCUUCAGGGCAGUAGUUACCUCUAAAAGGACAGACAAGCAUUAACAUUCCAAAACUUUUUUUUUUUUUUUAAGUCAUUAUUCCAUUAUCUCAGAUUUGCAGCUUUGAGCUAAGUGUUGAGCUUCUCUGUUAGCAAUGGGUAUUGGCCUGUCAGCCUCUCCUCCAUCCCUGGGAAGGUGAUGGAACAGCUUAUUCUGGAUGUCAUCUCCAAGAGAUGGUUAUUAGGAGUAGUGAGCAUGGGCUCCCAAAGAGGAAGUGAUGUUUGACCAAUCAGGUAGCCCUCUAUGGUAGAUGGGAUACAUGGAGUAGAUGAGUGGAUGGUGAGGUGGCUGAGCUCAGAAGGUUGUGAUCAGCAGUGCAAAAUCUGUUUAGAAACAUGUAGCUCAUGGUGUUCUCCAGAGGCCAGUGCUGGGUCAGGUAUUGUUUGACGUCCUCAUCAGUGACCUGGAUGAAGGGAUGGAGUUCACUCUCAGCAAGUUUGCUGAUGAUACGAAGCUGCGAGUGGUGGCUGACACACCAGAAGGCUGUGCUGCCAUUCAGUGAGACCUAGACAGGCUGGAGAGAUGGGCAGAGAGGAACCUGAUGAAGCUUGACAAGGGCAAGUAUAGAGUCCUACACAUGGAGAGGACCAGCUGCAUGCAUCUGUACAGGUUAGAGGCUGAUCUGCUGGAAAGGAGCUCUGCAGAGAAAGACCUGGGUGCCUGGUGGAUAACAGGUUGGCCAUGAGCCAGCAGUGUGCCCUGGUGGCCAGGAAGGCCAAUGGGAUCCUGGAGGUUGAGGGAGGUGAUCCUCCUCCUCUACUCUGCCCUGGUGAGGCUGCAUCUGGUGGAGUGUGUACAGGAACCCAGGAAAGACAGAGAGUGGGGAGAGAGUCCAGGAAAGGCUACAGAGAUGAUGAGGGGCUUGGAGCAUCUUGCUUGUGAGGAAAGGCUGAGUGGCAUGGGACUGCUCAGCCUGGAGAAGACUGAGAGAGGAUCUUAUCAAUGAUUAUAAAUAUCUAAAGGAAGGGCUCCAAAUAGAUAGGGUCAGGCUCCUUUCGUUGAUGCCAAGUGACCAGGGGCAGUGGGCACAAACUGGAAUACAGAAAGUUCCAUAUGAACAUGAGGAAAAACUUUGAGAGUGAUGGAGCACUGGAAUAAGCUGUCCAGAGAGAUCUUCUUUGGAGAUAUUUAAAAACUUGCCUGGACACUUUUUUCUGCAAGUUGCUGUAGGUUGCAGCUUUGGCAGGGAGUCAGCCUAGAUGAUCUCCAGUGGUCCCUUCCAACUACUAUGAUUCUGUAAUUCUGUGUUAUCAGUUGGAUGUUACUAAAUGGAGUCUUGUGCCUAAGUGAUGUGAGUGGAAUUAGAUAAAGUUCUUUUCCUUUAUUGAACUGUCCCUUUCCCUUGGCUAAUCUGAUGAGAUCUGAUGAGGACAGGGUCUGUGGGAGGGAGAUCUGGCCAAUAGUGGCAGCCAAGGAACCCUGGGACACUCCCUUCUUUGCUUACUUCCUCAUGCCCAAGCUUGCCUUGCAGCCUGCCCUCCUGCGUGUCCAUCACCUGGUGAUGAGGCCAGUUGCCUGGGAUCUGGGGACCUGAGUAUUGUCUCCAGUGUGAAAUCAAUAGCAGGAAAAUAAAAAAUUUCCCGAACACCUCUUUAACCAUUGUACCACUGUUAAGUGAAAUGCCUUGUGCUCAUUUGUGGCUGCCCUCCAUGAGAGUGCUGAAGCACCAAAGUCUUUCUAUUGAAUCUGAGCAGAGUAAUUCCUCAUGCAGGACUCUUAGGGUUUUGUGUAUGUGCUCCACCAGAAACUUGAUGUCUAGAAGCUGUAAGGAGGAGGGAAAAUUUAGGUUGGAUGUCAGAAGCAAGUUAUUUACUAUGAGAGUGAUGAGGUGCUGGAACAGGCUGCCCAGGGAGGCUGUGGAUACCAUGUCCCUGGAGGUGUUCAAGGCCAGAUUGGAUGGGGCCCUGGGCAGGCUGGUCUAGUAUUAAAUGGGGAGGUUGGGGCUUUGCCUGUGGCAGGGGAGUUGGAGCUUCAUGAUCAUUGAGAUCCCUUCUAAUGUGGGCCAUUCUGUGAUUCGGGUAGCUGAGUGGGAUUUCUGGAUCUUGGUGCAAGUCUCAAGAUUGCAUAUAAAAUGCUUAGAUUAAUGUCUAGAGUUUGAGUGUAAUGUAUGUUUAUUUGUUUGAAGUAGCUUGAACUUGCAGCAGGAGUGCAUGAUGCUGCGUAUAGAAUCAGUUCUCUGCAAAUAAGCUCAUCUGUGUAUUAGGAUGAAAUGAAUAGUUUUGUCUUUAUCUGAUUGCUAAUUGAGAUAUUAUUCACGUUUCUUAGAAAAACAAAGCUGUCACUACCUUAAGAAGAGUCCUCUAAGGUUCAUCUUUUUUAACUGUUUCAAAAGUCUAGAGGACUGAGCUGAAAGGAGUGCUUACAUCUUCCAAGUGAGAUAGAAGAUGAACUCAGCUGAAAUCACUGAUGACGAUGAAGUAAAAAUUCCUAAAAAAAAUAUUGUGAAAGUAGAAACAGAAAAUGAAGAUGAAGCUCUAGACUGCUCGGUAACAUCCAGAUCUUCUGAGAAACACUCAGUGGAUGGCGCAGUUACUUGCCUACAGGAUUCCAACAAACGGAAACAGACCUCACUUGGUUGUGAUGGUUCAGGGAGCCAGCAAGAUGUCUUACCCAGUGUGAAGAAAAGACGCUUUACACAAGAGGGCUCCAAUUCAAACAUGAAGAACAGAGAUACUGGCUCACCCACUCAGGUAAAUGCAGAGCAGCCAAGCAAGAACAAGAAUCCUAAUAUAACGUGGCUCUGUGAGGAAGAACCCUUCAGCGACAUAACCACUUCAUCUUACAAGAAACCCCUGUAUGGCAUCUCACACAAAAUUACAGAGAAGAAGAAUGCACCGGGAGCAGAGCAGUUUGCCUCUUAUGACUUGUAUGAAAAAAUCAGCCCCAGCAGUCCCUCGCAUCUUCGGACUUUGAAUGACCAGCGCAAAAGGGACUCUGCUGCAGCCCUCGCUGCAGCGGCUGUUGCUGUUGAGUCUGACCCAAAUAUAUAUUCUUUGAUACAGAAAAUGUUCUUCACACUUAACACUCUCAGUUCCAAUAUGACCCAGCUUCACAAUAAGGUUGACCUUCUGUCUCUGGAGGUGAGCAGAAUUAAAAAGCAAGUCAGUCCAGUGGAGUGUGUGGCAGAUUUCAAGCCUCCCCCUGAGUACACGCUGACUUCUGCUGAGCUCAAACAGCUCAUGGAUCAAAGCACAUCAGGUGGAGACCUUGCCUGUCGCUUACUGGUACAACUCUUCCCUGAGCUCUUCAGCGACGACGAGUUCAACAGGAGCUGCAGUGCCUGUGGCUUUCCUAACAAGAGGAAGCUGGAGUCUCUCCAUCUGCAGCUUAUCCGUAGCUAUGUGGAAGUCUGUUAUCCUUCUGUGAAGAGUACAGCUGUGUGGCAGGUGGAGUGUUUGCCUCAACUGAAUGAUUUUUUCAAUAGAUUUUGGGCUCAAAGGGAAUUGGAAAAUAACCCACAGAAUGUGCAGUCCUCCAGUUUUUACGAGACUGAACAGGUGGAUUCCUCUCAUUUUCUUGAGGAUAAAGAGCAAGAAGAAGCUUUGUCCUUGGACAGGAGUAAUGCCAUUGCCUCAGACUACAUUCUAGAUGCUCAGGAUCUCAAUGAAUUUUUAGAUGAAGCUUCUUCUCCGGGGGAAUUUUGUGUUUUUUUGUUACAUAGACUGUUUCCAGAACUCUUUGACCACAGAAAAUUAGCCGAAAGGUACAGCUGCUAUGGGGACUCUGGGAAGCAACUGCUGGAUCCUCAUCGGCUUCAGAUAAUCCGUAGGUACACUGAAAUUUACUUUCCAGAUGUACAAGAAGAGGAAGCUUGGUUGCAGCAAUGCGUUCAGCGAAUAAAUGAAGAACUUGAAAAUGUAUAUAUGGAUGGAAGUGAAUGUGAUCAGCUGAGAGAUGACUGUUACGACUCUUCCAGUUUACCGGAUGACGUAUCAAUCAUAAAAGUGGAAGACAGCUUUGAAUAUGAAAAACCAGGUAGACGCUCAAAAAAAAUAUGGCUUGUGCCCAUUGACUUUGACAAACUUGACUUUCCCCCUCCUGAUUUUGAUGUCCCUGUUCCCGAUUACCUAUUGAACAAAGAACAGAUUAAAAACAUCUACGAAAGCAGUCUUUCCAUAGGCAACUUUGCUUCUCGGCUGCUUGUUCUCUUGUUUCCCGAGCUGUUUACUCAUGAAAACUUACGGAAGCAAUACAACUGUAGUGGGUCUUUGGGGAAGAAGCAGCUUGAUCCCACUAGAAUUAAAUUAAUUCGGCAUUACGUGCAGAUACUGUACCCAAGGGCAAAGAAUGACAGAGUGUGGAUGUUGGAGUUUGUUGGGAAGCUCGAUGAGAGGUGUCGGCGAAGGGACACAGAGCAACGGCGCUCGUACCAGCAGCAGCGGAAGGUCCACAUGCCAGGGCCCGAGAGGAGGGAGUUCCUCAGCUAUGCAAUAAACCCCGAAAGGUUUCGAGAGGAGUUUGAAGGGCCGCCACUGCCACCCGAAAGGAGCAGCAAGGAUUUUUGCAAGAUACCACUUGAUGAACUCGUUAUUCCUAACCCAGACUUCCCUGUGCCUUCUCCGUAUUUGCUGACUGAUAAGGAGGUAAGAGAGAUCGUACAGCAGAGCCUUUCUGUUGGAAACUUCGCCGCCAGGCUUCUCGUAAGACUCUUCCCAGAACUCUUUACUCCCGAAAAUCUCAGACUGCAAUACAACCAUUCAGGUGCUUGUAACAAAAAACAGCUGGACCCUAUCAGACUGAGACUGAUCCGCCAUUACGUGGAAGCAGUUUACCCCGUGGAGAAAAUGGAAGAAGUAUGGCAUUAUGAAUGUAUACCGAGCAUUGAUGAAAGAUGCCGGCGUCCUAACAGAAAAAAGUGUGACAUACUGAAAAAAGCAAAGAAAGCAAAGAAGUGAGGGGCUCUUUGAAUUCCGAAGACUUUGACCACUAAAUUAUUGUCAGGAUUAUGCUUUGUUUUAGGCUGAAGGGCCUGUCAGGCUGGGGCUGCUCAGCAUCCGGGAGAACUAGGCACUAAGUUUGUUGCAUUUUAACGUGUGUGUUGCAUCUAUGUGGGUACUGCAGCAGUGGGAAGUGGCUUACUAGGUUUGUACAUGGGUAAAGAUCCUAUGUCGUUGGUGACAGAGCUCAUAAUGACUCGUUAAGAGCAUGGCUUUCACUGGUGCAAGUACAUGUAUUGAAACUACUAUGCCAUUCCCCAUUUCUGCUUCCCCCUUUUUUAACACUUUUUAAUAAUAAAGUUGUUUUUUUUUAAAUGUGGUGUUCGUCAGGGGCAGUAUUUCAUUUCACCCUUAUACACAAUUAUGUUGGUUCAUUUGGAGUUUGAAAUUUAAACUUCAUGGAAAUCUACAAAACUAAUGCUUUUUGAAAGUGCCAUAUUCAAUGAAAUCACUGGAAUGUCUGACUUUGCUUCUAAGUAAAUCACAGCUUUAAUGUGUUUUGUUCUUAUUGAUACUGAGAUGCUGAAAAUAGUAAUGCCACGUCCAAGAACGGGUCAGAGCGGUGUGAUUUCCGUUUUUGACUGUUACUCAUGUUGUGUUUUCUAAAAAUUCUAAGAAUUGAAGUAUUGAAGAGUUGAGACGUGAGCAUAGACACAGUGUGAAUGUUUCUUUACGUUGGCACCCCAAGCUUGAUCAUGCCCCUGUGAGUUUUCUUUUUUGCUCAGUGUCGCGGUUGGCGUGACUGAAGGUAGCUUGUGAGAGCAGAGCCAGCAGCACAGACCCAAGCCAGCACCUGUGGAAUGUAUUGCCAUUGCCUGCCUGCCUGCUUGCCUCUCUGUAAAACAAGAGUAACUAGAUAAGCAACAAGGACUUUAAAAACUUUUAGAUCUUACUGUAUCAAAAUGAUGAUUCCAAAGGUUUCCAGUAUUAAGAUCAAAUUGCAUAAAUAAAAGGUACCUGCAAAGAUUAGUUUUGGGAUGGAAUGAAGUGCUACAGGGUCCCCAUGAAUGAGCUGUUUGCACCAUUCUUUGCAUCAGCGUGGCACCGUCUGGAUUUUUCAGAUGUAGGGAUAUUGAGCUCGCUCACUUAGCCAAACUGAUUUAGUGUAAUUAGUAGCUAUUUGGAGACAUAAUUGUGUAUGUAUAACUUAGAUUUAUACGGCCAAGUUUGCAUCAAUAAUAUGUUCAUAUGUAACACACGCCACCCAGAACCCACUGUGACUCUACUAUAUGAUUUAUCACUGGAGAGCACAGCUUUAAAACAGCUUUCUUCUUUUUUAAUGGCGAUGUAAAUGAUGAGAGAGUGUCAGGUAUGUAUUUUUGAGUCAGUAGAGUCAGCGACUGCGUACUGACCGUCACUGGAACGCCUCGGAGCAAUUGUUAAUGUUCUCUGUGGUCCUUUUUAAUGGUUCCCAAAUGGGUCAUAGUAUCGAAUUUGAAGUCUGUUCCAGUGUGAUUUUCUAUUUUAGCAUUUGUAAGAAAAUACAAAAUACUUGAUAUUUUUACUUCAGAUUUUUAGAAUUUAUUGCUCUUAGAGUCAUAUUGAUCUCACCCUUUAAAAAGCAAAAUAACAUUUUUUUCCUAAUGGUGAGUACUAGCAAAAGGAUAGUGUGUUAAACCAGGAGUAAAUCAUAACAGAUUAGCAUUUGCUCAUUUUCCCCACGUGCUAGCAACAUUCUCAAAGAAUGUAUGAAGAAAGUCAUGAAUGUAUUAAACAAUACACUGAUACUGUUUGUAUCCAUCUAAAUGUUUCCUGCUGGUUCAAAUAAUAGCAGACCAUGCACAAGAUGGAUAUUGGAGCUAAUAUGGCUAAAAUAAAAAGAAAACGUUUUACCAAAGAUAAAGAACUGAUACCACAAUGUCUGCAUCUUAUCUUUCAUUUCAGUGCAUAAAUUUAGCAAAUUGAAUGUGCCAGAAACUGAGACCUUCUAAUGUAACUGUAUGCUACCGAGCGCCUCUGUGAAGUCUUUUACGUGCAUUUGUAUGGGAGAUGUAAAAUCACAGAAAAUAUCAACAACCUGUUGUGAAUGCCCCACCAGAUGGCAAGAAAUGCAAAGUGUGGCUUUCCCUUAUAAUGAUUUUUUCUUAUCUUGAUGUCAUACGUGCUUUACCACUCAGUGAUGUUGAAGCUCCCAAAGAAGUCGGUAACGUUAAACUGUUGUACCACUGGCAGGUGUUACUAGCUAGCAUGUGAAUUUAAGACAUACUGGGUUUUACUGUAGAUGUUGUCAUUUUGCAAUAUCUCCUGACACGUCAAAAAUCAGCCCGUUUAUCUUACAUACUGAUGAGUGAAAAAGCGAUCUUCAGCUUUUAAAAUGGCAUUUUCAAAAGUGGGUACAGAAAGAUCCUCGCUGUUUUUUCUCUUAACUUAUGUCUAAUGGCUGUGUACAUUCCUUUGUCUCACUGUUCCCAAUCUGCCAUGAUUUGACUGUACGCUUUGUGAAGAAAAUAGAGACAUACAAAUAGUGACAUGGGGUCGCUAAAAAAAAUGCUCCUGCAGUGCAUCCGAAGUACAGCCACUUCAUCCAGUCGCUCUGUCCUGUAAAUAAAUUAAAGGUAUAUUAUUUUUAUACAAGAGGAAUGUUGUCUGGUGAUUUCCUGAGUACAGUGACACGAACAGAUUCAUGUUCUUUUUCCUAUAGAGGCUGUAACUAAGAUCCUGUGUAAUCUUAGCAAGUCAGACUGAAGACAUAAACGAAAACUCCCUGCUUUGCUGCAGCCAUUUUUUCUGCCUUUCAGAUGGCUUUUGUGUAAAGGAGCAAACUUGCCCCCUUCAAAAUAGCAGGAAGAUUGCUAGGUGUGAAGAUGUCUGGAAUGUACAUACACUGACUUCCUAUAGACCGGCGUUGCCUUCUGCCUAUCAGGUCAGUACACCCUGCUGAGGCGAGUAUCGUGUCCCUAUCAACAUACAGCUUGAAUGUCUCACCUCUUAACAGCCUCCUGAAAGGAACAUUAAUACACCUCAGCUCUAUAUUUUUCUGCCUUUCCUAGCCUGCACAAAUUAAAACCUUUUCUUAGAAGCUCUGUAGAGGAUGUAAAACGAAACAUCAAAAGGGAGAUCAAGCACGUUUGUUUUCUGCCUAUUGACUGCAUUCAGCUGGCUUAGGUAACAAGGUUUGAAAUGAGAAGGAUCCUGACUUACAAAGUCAACCACUUUGUUAUACAUUACAGCCACCAAAUGUUUCAUGUUCUAGAAAAUGUUUGCACCUCUUCUUUUUCCUGCCCUCAGAUGUAUAUAGUACAUUUAUACAUUUUUGAGUGUCAUUCGUCUCUGUGAAUUGUUAUUUAUGUACAGCAGUGGGAAACAGAACUGCAUCCUCAACACUCUACGAAGGCACACUAAUUUUAUGCUGGAAGGAGCAUUAUUAAUUCUACAGCCCCAGGAGACACAGAGAAUAAUGUGUAGGCUCUGUUGGUUAUUUAGCUUUUGUUUCAGCAAUUAAAGGGUUGUGAAACAGCUGGAAAAUGCAAUGUCUGGAGCUUGCCUGUGCUGAGGUAAUGGCAUGGGCUGACAGGUGUUCUCACUUAUGGUGCACAGUUCUGUUGAUUGCAUUUAAAAUCUGUGGUAAGGCAAUGGGGCAGGUUCACAUUUAUGGCCUUCCAGAGUAAAUCUAAUUCUGCCAAUGUCACUGCUAAAGCUUCUUCAUCUCUGACUUCAUGGGUUUUCUUGUGAUUGUUCUGGCCAUUCAGUUGGCACCAAUGCAGGUAUGUUUGCAAGGUUUUUUACCUUGCUAAUAUUCUGGGAAAGAGGAAUGCACUUGGAGUUGUUUAAAUGAGUUGCUGAAAUGAGAUGCUUUAGUGCCCUCUCUUAGGGUUGUCCUUGGUAAGGCUGAGAAAAAGAAAUAAGUCCCCAUCCACAAGUCUUUGUUCUACCUAUCUAAUGUCUUGUCCCAGCAGAAAUCAUGACAAAUACCUAAUGUUUGCAGUGUUACCUCACUGUUACCCUCCCUGUUACAGAAAUUGUUCAUGUUAACUUCCCACCAGUAGGGAUGGUCUUAAUUUCUUAUGAGCUACACGAUGCUCGUGGUCAUCUCUGUGUAAGCACUGCUCUGAGAGGUGGUCUCCUGCAGCAGAAUGCUGGAAGCAAACUCCAAAUCAGCAUCCCAUCAGAUCUGGAAUACUUUCCUUGUAGCUCGUCUGAUGAGCAGGGCAUUACCCCCAUGCUGUAUCAUUUCCAUCCAGCAUAUCCCUUUUUAUUUUUGUCAUUUUUCUGAAUGGUGUCUCUGCUGGUUAUUGAUCGCACCAGGAGAAGCCUGUGGUGUGGGCAGGCUGCUGCUUGCUCUCCUUCCUGAUUCACUCCAUGAUGAGGCUGCAGUCCCCUCUGAGCGUUUUUCUUUUCAUUAAUGGCAAGCUGAAAGGCCCUCGGUUCUUAUGGAAAGAGCUGUAACAGAGAUUAAAUAAAGGUGCUCUGGAGAAUGCUUCCCUGCCCCAAUCUUCCCCCUCACAAGAUAAAUGUGAUUAAUUUAAAAAAAAAAAAAAAAAAAACACAAUUUUCAGUUAAAAAAAAAAAGAAAAAAAGUAAAGCACCAUCAGUUAAAAAAAACAAAGGGGGCAAAAUCCCCACAUGUCCAGUUGCUCUAAGACUUGCAUUAAUAGAUGUAAGCAAAACAAAUGGUGAUUGUCAAAGGCUGGAGGAAGAUCACCUCAUUAAUAUCUCCCCACACACACAAAUGUCAGAUAAUCAUUCCCCAUUUCCUUCACAAAUCUCAUUAUGGUGAAACAGCGGUUUGUCACCCUUUCCAGGCACGCUUUGUGGUGUUGUGCCUUGGUGCUGAAGCUCCUCAGAAGGCAAAGUGUUCCACCCAUCAUGAUGCUUUCAGGAGCGUGUAACUUCAGUUAGCUCCAAGGCGGUGUGUUAGCACGGUCUGCAAAGGUUUCCUGUGAAAAGAAAAUGCUGAGGUGUGUGGGAGCAGCAGGAGUGAGUCACUGAUAGGAUCACAUCCUAUUCCUGAGGUUUUACUCCUUGUAUGGAAAAUCCAGGAGUCUGUUUCUGUGGCAGAUAAUGUUGUCCCUUGUUUCUCUUGUGUUCCCUCUCAAUAAUUUAAGAACCCAUGUUCUCCUUGGAGUGCUUGUCUAUAGGUUCACUGGAUGCUCCAGUAUGAGAUGAAGAUUUUUAAGUUUCAGCAGUACUCACAUUUGUGCCACUCUCCCUACCAUAUACAGACUCUCCACACCCCUUUCCCCAUGAGGGCUGUUGCAGACCAACCAUCACGCUGAAUGCUGUAAUUAAUUCACAGAAGCUAGAGGUUCUGGUGUGCCAUUGCAGAAGCUAACAGAAACCAGGAAUGCUUCGGUGCUACUCUUGUCCCUAUGGAAAAAAUAACUGCCUGUUCUUUUGUGGAGCAAGUAGAAAGCGAGUGAUUAAAAUCACUCUGUUAUGUAGACAUUAGAACUGAGAAACUGAUGCAGGUGGCAGAAGCAGCCCAGUUCUGUGAGCAUUUCCCUGCUGUCUUCUCAUGGAUGACCAGAGAUCCUGCUCUGCAAGGCAGGCUGGCCUCCCUGCAGCACACACUGCAGUGUGGGAAGCACGCAAAGCUAUCAGGUCAUCCUGGUGCCGUGCCAGUGCCAUGGUUCUGUAUGGGCAAUCUGACAGUGCUAGGCAGAGCCUUCUGGAUUGGAUCCAGCCAUUGCUUUAUCACUGUGUACCAGAUAUAUGUGAUAGUCUGAUACCUUACAUUUGUUUUGUGAGCAACAACUUCUUGCCUGCCCACUUAGAUAUCAGGAACAUGCAAGGAAAAGCAGACUGCUGUGUGCUUCUGCUGCUUGAUCUGGGCUGCUCUCACCUCUGGGCUCUUCUCACUUGGUAGGGAACGGACCGUGGACUGAAUGAAUGCUCCCACCUUGCACACACACACACCACACCUGGACGUGUAGAUGUUAAACACCUAUAAACAUGGAAAUUCUGUCUAUGCCACAUAGCUCAUAGAGUUUGUUGUUUCUGUUGAAAAAAGUGUAUGAUCAACAUUACAAGUGUGGGUGAUUACUCGAGAAGCCAGCUCCAAGGCUGCACUUUGCUGCUGUAAUACAGGCAUGUACUUCUAAUCACAGUGUUGUCUGAUCUUUGAUCAAUCAGAUCUCUACAGCCACUUAAGUGAUAAAUACUCUUUUAAAUGCCACACUGACAUCAGUAUGCAAUAAAAAACCAAGAUCUCAUUUUCUUCUGUUAACUGUGUGCCUCCUGCCUGAGCUACCUUUUCCAUGAGAGAAGAGAGGAUCUCUGCCUUGACAAAUCCUCGGUCAUUGUGAAGUUUCCUGCUUAAGAACAUGCUGCUGCAAUCAGUAUCUUUCUAUACUGCAUCAAUGUGUAUGAAAGCACAGAGUUGGUACUGUUAACCAGGAUCAAAUCAGUAAUUAAAAAGGAAGCAAUUUUACGCAUACGUAUAU